CAUCGCGCCUUACCUCGAGAAAAGCUGCUUCAAUGUCCUUGUCCGGGGUUCUGUGAUCUAAGUCUCGGAUCAUCGGAUGGAUUGAACCCGCUCUUGAUCUUCCACCUAACUCUUCAAUCCCUUCGAGAUGGCCGUACGAGCCUUAGUGGUUGGAGGUACCAACGGUAUCGGCUACGCGAUGGCAUGCCGCAUUGCCUCGGAAGCAAAAUCAUCAGUCAUCAUCAGCGGCCGUACAAAGCCCCAGAGCAUCCCACAUCCCAACAUUGAGUUCCGCCCCCUGGACGCAUCGUCGAUGCAGCAAAUCAAGCAGUAUGCAAACGCCUUCAAGCAAUCGGCCCAGCAGCAGCAGCUCGACCUGCUCAUCAUGACACAAGGCAUCAUGACCAUGGCCGGACGGACCGAGACACCGGAGGGUAUCGACCGCAAGAUGGCCGUGCACUACUACGGCAAGCAGCUGCUGAUCCGGGAGCUGCUCCCGGCACUAAAAGACGACGCCAAGGUGGUCAUAGUCUUUGACGGCAAAUACGGCAACCCAGACAAACUCAACUGGGACGAUCUCGACCUGAAGAGGAAUUUCAGCCUCGGAAACGCAGCGAACCACUGCAUGAUCAUGAACGACGCCAUGAUUCAGUGGUGGGCGGCCCAGCAGCGCCAGCAGGGCAUCCAUCAUACACGACACUUUGUGCAUGCGUACCCCGGCGGUGUCAAGACGGGCAUUCUCAGAGACUUGCCCUGGUAUUUACGGGCUCCGGCAUGGGCUCUGGGAAGCCUUAUCGCUGUUUCGCCAGAGACUUGUGCCAACAAUCUGCUGAAUGGAGUGUCCAAGUCUGCAGCGGAAGGCAAUGAUCACGGUAGAUUCUGGAGCAACAUUGACAAUAAGGGCCGCUUGAUCGGAAACAAGGCAAUCUGGACAGAAGAGCAGAUGCAAAGGAUAGCUGAGCACACGUGGAAACUCGUUGAUGGGCGGUAACGGGGCCGAUAAGUGCCUAGGGAUUGAAAGCAUGAGGCCAGCGG